UGUCAAGUUACUAAAACUUGCAAAGUCUCUCUCUGCCCGUCACCGGCUGUUCCGGUCAUUACUCGGUUGUACUUGUUUACCUUCUCCUUUGUUCUUAGCCUUUCUCGCUUUGAUUCUCAGCGUGUGUAUUCGGUUCUGCUUCGCGUGUUGAAGUUCAUCUAUUUGGUCCUUGUGAGUGUUUACUCUUCGACUGUAGACCAUCUUAGUACAGGACUUAGAAGAUGACGAAGGGCAAGGGGACCGUGAGGAUCCCAAAGGAAGUGUUGAAGGCUGUCGAUGACCGAAAGGUAGGAAAGCGAAAAGCCGCUGCCAAGCCUGACAAGAGUAGCGCACGGUCAAAGAAGGCAAAGAAAGAUCCCAACAAACCCAAAAGGCCACCAAGUGCUUUCUUUGUGUUCCUUGAGGAGUUCAGAAAGACGUUCAAGGCAGAAAAUCCUCAUGUGAAGGCUGUAUCAGCUGUUGGUAAAGCUGGAGGAGAAAAAUGGAAGUCCAUGAGUCCAGCUGAAAAAGCUACAUAUGAAGCCAAGGCUCAAAAAAGGAAGGCUGAAUAUGAAAAACAAAUGAAUGCUUAUAAUAAAAAGCAGCCAAGUUCAGCAGAUGAUGGAGAUGAGGAAUCAGACAAGUCCAAAUCUGAAGUGCAUGAUGACGAGGAAGAAGGCAGUGCAGAGGAGGACCAUCAAGAGGAGGAUGACGAUGACGAUGACGACGAGGAGGAAGAGGAGGAUGACGACGACGACGACUGAAAUUGGCCUGCAGACUUGAAAUGUGAUAUUUCAUUGGUAGGGGAGGCCUAUAUAAUUAAUAUGUUGACUGUGCAUAAGAUAGGCUACUUUUGGUUGUUUAUGCUGGACCAGCUACUUGAGCAUCCCUGUGUUGUUAGUUAUUGUGCUUUAGUUCACCUUUGUGCAUUGUAGCCUUAACUGUUCUGGACUUAGUAAUACGAAUGUCUUUUGGAUCAGUGCCAUUGGCUUAAUUGUAUGUAGCGAGUUCACCACGAACUUAAGAAUAAAUUUACCAUCUUGUUCUCCCUAGUUGUUUAAUGAAGUGCUUGGAUUUAAGAAAA